AUGGCACAUAAAAAAUCUUUGGAGGCUUUAGACAGAACCUUAAAAGAUCUACGAAGCAAUCAUAACCGAUUUGGUGGUGCAAUGAUUUUAUUAGCAGGAGAUUUUCGUCAAACAUUGCCAGUGAUUCCACGAUCAACGCCAGCUGAUGAACUCAAUGCAUGUCUAAAGUCCUCCAAUUUGUGGAAACAUGUCAAAGUACUUCAUUUAAGCAAGAAUAUGCGUGUCGAGUUGCAAAAUGACCAAUUUGAAAACAUAUUCUCUAAACAACUCAUUGACAUUGGUAAUGGCAAAUUUCCUAUAGACAUGUUGACUAGCUGCAUUAACUUUCCUCAAAGUUUUUGUCAGUUGACUCGAUCAAAAGAUGAACUUAUUCAGAAGGUGUAUCCAGGUGUUUCUCAAAAUUACAGAAACCAUGAUUGGUUGAGCGAAGGAGCUAUAUUGGCUGCAAAAAACAUAGAUGUAAAUGAAUUAAAUUCAAAAAUUCAAGAACAAAUUACAGGCGAGUCGAGGACAUAUAAAUCAGUUGAUUCGGCUACUAAUCAAGAUGAUGUAGUCAACUAUCCACCGGAAUUCUUAAACUCGCUGGAUUUGCCAGGAUUGCCACCUCACAAUCUUCAAGUAAAGGUUGGAUCGGUAGUUAUAAUGUUGCGAAAUAUCAACCAACCGCGUCUUUGCAACGGCACACGGUUAGCGAUAAAAAAAUUACUAAACAAUGUGAUAGAAGCAACUAUACUGAAAGGAAAGUAUAAAGGAGAAGAUGUUCUCAUACCGCGCAUCCCAAUGAUUCCGACUGAUAUGCCAUUUGAGUUUGAACGACUACAGUUUCCAGUGCGGCUUGCUUUUGCUAUGACCAUAAACAAGUCCCAGGGGCAAUCAUUAAGUGUUUGUGAUAUUAAUUUGGAAAACCCAUGUUUCUCACAUGGUCAAUUGUAUGUUGCCUGUUCCCGUGUUGGAAAACCAUCGGAUUUGUUUGUCUAUGCGCCAGGUAAUCAAACAAAAAACAUCGUAUAUCACAAAGCACUACAAUAA